AUGGAGGGCCAUUCGCCUCUCAGACGAACCCCAACCAAUACGUCAGAGCACAACUUUAUCGACGCCAACCCACUUCCCAACGUUCACUCGGCAAAUUCUUCUAUCACAUCUGCUCCCCGACCUCCCCAGCGGCUUACCGGGCGGACACCGUCGACACAUUCCUUGUUGGCCGCGAACAGGAAUCCCGAGGUGCGCAAGGGUGCUCAUUCCGGGACUACCAAGGCUUCGGUCGACCGCUCCAGCAUCAGUAUGCCGCCUCCGAGCACCAAGCCUCUAGCCGACCGAAGACUAUCGGCCUCGGUUCAGUCAGCCCUCUCCAUGAGGAAAUCAGAGGAGACCGCUAGAAGCCCUCCAGCAUCUGUCAAGAGCCUGGAAGGGGACCGGUCCACCCCAUAUAACGGCUCCGUCACUGCGUAUGCUGCGACAACCGCUCAUGACCCAACUGUGGUAACGACUACCGCGUCCACGUCACAUGCUCCAGGUCUGCCAGUGCUUUCACCUCCUCCGUUCAACCCAAGCAUUCCUAAUCAGUCAGAUAUAGUGUCAAACCUCUCAUCUCAGAUUGCUUCCGCCAGCCCAACUGCUCCCAGGAGUGAAACCCAGCUUCCUUUGGCACCAACGGGCCAAUCCCUGGGGACUACCGCCAAGGUCGAAGGUGCCGAGACUGCGCUACCUGUGCGGCCUCCGAGAUUCAAUAAGCCCCGUUCUCUAUCCUCCACUCGUCGUCUGAGCACCACUGGCUCCUCCAAAAAUGAGAGCAUCAAUUCCGAGGUCAAGACUCCUGUAGGCAGGAUCGGUGUCUGCGCACUUGAUGUGAAAGCAAGGAGUCGCCCUAGUCGCCAGAUUUUGACUCGCUUGCAAGGCGAUGGUGAGUUUGAAGUGAUCGUUUUUGGCGACAAGGCCAUUCUCGACGAAGACGUCGAAAACUGGCCGAUAUGUGACUACCUGAUUUCAUUCUUCUCUGACGGGUUCCCACUUGACAAGGCUAUCGCGUAUGUCAAGCUGCGGAAGCCAUUCGUUGUCAAUGAUCUGGCUAUGCAAAAAGUCCUCUGGGAUCGGCGAUUGUGCCUAAAGAUCCUGGAUCAAAUGCAGAUUCCGACUCCCAAGAGGAUCGAGGUCAACCGCGAUGGCGGUCCGAAGCUCGAGUCUCCGGAACUUGCGCAGCUCGUGAAGAAGAUGUCAGGGGUCGUCCUCGAAGGCGCUGAGGAUGGCACCGGCGGUGGUGCACCUAUGACAAAACACGUCGAAUUGGUUGACGACGGCGACACCCUGGUUGUCGAUGGCAGAUCAAUCAAAAAGCCAUUUGUAGAGAAGCCUGUCAACGGAGAGGACCACAACGUCAUCAUUUACUUUCCUCGGAGUCAAGAUGGUGGUGCCCGACGGUUGUUCCGGAAGAUUGGAAACAAAUCCUCCGAGUUCGAUCCAGAUUUGACCGUCCCACGAUGCCUCAAGGAACCAAACAGCAGCUACAUCUAUGAACAGUUUCUCAAAACGGAAAAUGCUGAAGACGUCAAAGCGUACACGGUUGGUCCAGAUUACUGCCAUGCCGAAACGAGAAAGUCACCGGUCGUGGAUGGUCUUGUCCGCCGCAACACACACGGCAAGGAGCUCAGAUAUGUGACGAAGCUCACUCCUGCCGAAAAGGAAAUGGCCUCUAAAGUAUCUAGGGCAUUUGGGCAACGCAUCUGUGGGUUCGAUCUGUUACGGACUGGAACCGCCAGCUACAUCAUCGACGUGAAUGGGUGGAGUUUUGUCAAAGACAAUGAAGACUAUUACAAUGACUGCGCGAAGAUUCUCAGACACAUCUUCAUCCAGCACAAAUUCAAGGAAGACAACGCUGUCUUCGAAGAUCCGGUGUCUGAAAUUAGUGUGGACCCCGCGCAACGCCGUCAAGGGACCAGCAACUCAGCGCGGUCGGCUUUCAAAACAAUCCUCAAGUCGCCAAGCAUGACAAAGUUGUCACAACACUUGCCGCACUCUUCUCGCCAUCAUCCGUCCGGCCUUUCUGGUUCUUCGAAGCCGUCUGCUAUGACGACACCGAUAAGUUCCCCACCAAGCAUAGAAAAGGGCUCUCAAGCAGCUAUUCAUCCAGUGGGAAUGGACAAGAGCGUUCUCCCACCACCAGCUGUUCCGGCUCCGGAAGUCGAUACGGCACCAGAGCCCGUUGCCGCCGCCAAGGAGACCACUUCUGACCCUCCGUUACCGAGUUCGAAACACUCAUGGAAACUCAAGGGUGUUGUAACGGUUAUCAGACAUGCAGACCGGACACCAAAACAAAAGCUGAAGUUGACCGCUCAUUCGCAAGUGUUUGCUGAUCUGCUCAAAGGUCAUCAUGAAGAAGUACUCUUGAAAGGCGAGGCUGCAUUGGCUAGCGUUCAGACAGCGGUCAAGAUUGCACUACGGGACAAACUUGAGGACCCAGACAAGUUGCGGAACUUGCAAAACGCACUGGCGAAAAAGAUGCACCAACCAGGCACAAAGGUACAAAUCAAGCCAAUGUUCCGCAAGCGAAAGCCGGAAGAGAUGUCGGACUCCAAGCCAUUGGCUAGCCCUCCGAUCAUCGCAGAAGAGGAGGUUGCACCAAACGAAGAAGCCCGUCCUGUCGAGAGGCAUGCAUCAACGUCCAGUAAUAAGGAGAUCCGCCGCGUCAAUACCAGGAGCGACUCCAUGUCCGGCGCUACUUUCUCCCGCUUUUCAGCGGCUGAGAACGAUCUCGUGCUCGACAAACUGCAGUUGGUCAUGAAAUGGGGCGGAGAACCAACGCACUCGGCUAGAUACCAGUCACAGGAUCUUGGAACCAACAUGCGGGACGACUUCAAGUUGCUCAAUAAAGAGGUACUUGACGAGGUCCGAAUCUUCACCAGCUCUGAGAAGCGCGUAAAGACAAGUGCCCAGAUUUGGGCCGCCGCCUUCCUGGACCGACAGGAUAUCUCGGAAGACUUCAUCCAGGUCAGAAAAGACCUUUUGGACGAUUCCAACGCCGCAAAGGAUGUGAUGGACAAGGUCAAGAAGAAGCUUAAGCAUCUACUUCGAGAAGGAACCGUUCCGGACUCCUUUGCCUGGCCGAAGAACGUUGCAGAGCCAUAUGUGGUCAUGCAGAGUGUCGUCGAACUGCUCAAGUUUCACCGUCGGGUCAUGCGGCACAACUUCAAGAAGCUAAGCACCGGCGCUGUCGCCUCGCUCAAUGCAUUGAACGGGCCCGCCGAUGCCAAGGAUAAUGGAAGCAUCGUCGCCGUUGCCUCGAUACAGUCUCGAUGGUGUACCGGUGAAGAUGCCGAGCUCUUCAAAGAACGAUGGGAGAAACUGUUCUCGGAGUUUUGUGACACGGAGAAGGCAGAUCCAAGCAAGAUCUCCGAGCUCUACGACACCAUGAAAUAUGAUGCCCUUCACAACAAACAGUUUCUGGAGUGGGUCUUCACACCCGGUCAAUCGCUUCUGGACGAGAUGGCCAAAGAGGAGGAAGGGCUAUCAUCCACCACUUCACCUGAACCUGAACGAGCCGACGACGCGCCUUCUCCCUCGCACAGCCCCCGUCACGAGAGUGUGGUCUCGCCUGCUGGUGAAGGUAGACACAGCCUCGCGCAUAAGAUCGGCCUAAGAAGACAGUCGGUCCUGAAGCAAGCUCCACCAACACCUCCUUUGACCACGUGGGAACAGGGGGCUUCCUACUUCAAAUUAUUCCCCGGAUCUGGAGACAGUCGCUCUAAGCAAGAUCAGAAACUCGGCCGCCUCCGAGAGCUAUACCGGUACAGCAAAAUCCUCUUCGACUACAUUGGGCCCCAGGAAUAUGGCAUCAGUGACGACGAGAAACUCGAAAUCGGCCUUUUGACGUCUUUACCAUUGCUACGCGAGAUCGUCGAUGACCUGGAGGAACUACAAGCCUCGGUGGACGCCAAGUCAUUCGUGUAUUUUACCAAAGAGUCGCACAUUUACACUUUACUCAACUGCAUCAUGGAGGGCGGGAUACAUACGAAGAUUAAGCGAUCGACCAUUCCGGAGCUCGAUUACCUCUCGCAAAUCUGCUUCGAGCUUUACGAAGCCAAGGACGCCGAAACGGCCGAGUCCACGUAUUCGAUUCGCAUCUCCAUCUCCCCUGGCUGCCACACUGUCGACCCCCUGGACGUUUCCCUGGACUCGAAGCACGCCAUAGGCUCCGCGCCGCGUCGAUCGUUGACCAAUCAUCAAGAUUGGAAGGAGGUCAUCUCGUCCCUCAAGGCCAAAUUUAACACAGUUCAACUUCCCAAGAGCUUUUUGGCCGUCAAUGUAAGCGAUAAGCAUGAGCAAGAGGCCGAGAUGCAACGAAGAGCAAGUUAUUUGCAGAGCGAGGCGGCCAAGCAGAAGUAUACAAACAACAGCGCCAAUGGUGACCUUAUGGAGGUGAAUGCCGAAGACAGUUCUGGGGGCCCGCACGCUGGAGACGCGCUGGUGCGAGACCUUGACAAUGCCCAAAACGCCCAACCUGAAGCCGGCACGGCUGUUUCCAAUCCAUCUGAUCAGGAGACAACUGUAGUACAACCACAGUUUGUAUCGGUUGAGGAAAAAGUCAAUAUCAAUGGGGACGCCAAUGUCCAAGCGAGAGGAAGAAGCAUUUGA